AUGGGUAUCUCGGAAGAAGCCACAAACUUGGUUGCAAACAGCGGGAACGGCAUCAUCAGCAACAACAAUAGCAACAAUAGCUUUCCUCGGAAGAGACCGGCUGAAGCUCAAGCACAGCUGGAAGCACUACCAGAAACAUUGCCGCGUACCGACGACGAAAGGAUCAUUCUCCACUUUGAUUAUGACUGCUUCUAUGCUCAGGUUGUCGAACACAAAGAGCCUUCCCUGAAAUCUCUCCCCGUUGGUAUUAAACAAAAGAGCAUACUUGCCACCUGCAACUAUGUAGCCCGUGGUAGGGGCGUCAAGAAGCUUAUGCGCAUUUCCGACGCAAAGGAGAUAUGUCCCGAUCUGGUCUUGGUUGACGGGGAAGAUCUUACCCACUUCAGAAACACCUCCAAGAUACUGUAUCGAGUGCUCCGUUCCUUUUCCUGGAAUGACCGAGCUGAACGACUUGGCCUUGACGAGGUCUUCCUCGAUGUCUCUGACAUCGUAUCUUACAAUCUUGAUUUGCUGAACCCGCAUGGACUUGCCAAUUCCUUCUUCUGCCUGUCGAGCACAGACCCAGAGUUGGGAUUUGCAUUUGAUGCCACGGCUUUUGCGGGCUGUGUGGUUGCACCAUCCUGGUCCCCAAAUAGCAGCUGCGGCGUUGUCGGGUCCGAAGAUGCCCCGGGGUCUCUUCGUACACGCCUACUGCUGGCAUCCCAUCUGGCCUAUCAUAUACGCCUCCGGAUUGAGGAAGAAGGCUAUACUAGCGCCUGUGGCAUCUCAGUAAACAAACUUCUCGCCAAAAUGGUGGGCAGCCAAAACAAACCCCGCAACCAAACGACGCUCCUUGCUCUCUCAAAGGCAGAAACCGUGUCAUUUGUAGACCAGCACUCCUUGCGUAGCCUGCCAGGAAUAGGUGGCAGCAUGGCAGCAAUUAUGGAGCAGCACAUAGGGUCCACCGCCCCUGACAAGCCCCUGACGGCCGGCCAAGUCCGUCUCCAACAUGACGUAUCGCCACAUCUCCUCGAGAAACUCCUACAGCCACUGGGGCUGGAAAAAGGUAUAGGGCACAAGACGUACCGGCUGCUCCACGGCAUUGACACGGCAGAAGUCAAGUUCGCAUGCGACUUCCCAAUGCAGAUCGGCAUAGAGGAUACCUAUGCAAGCACCGGCCUUAUCAACAUUGUGCAGAUAACACAGCAAUUAAUCAAGCUGUCCGCCUCGCUCAUCCGCCGCAUGCGCGUGGACCUGACAGAAACGGUUAGUGACAUGGACGUCCCCGAGCCUGUGAUUUGGCUCGCCCGGCCCAGGACCCUGCGCCUCACCACCCGCCUACGGCACUCCACCACCGGCCCGCGCCCGCCAUACAACAACAACCGUACCUCUCGCAGUCAACCGCUACCCAGCUUUGUCCACGGCUCCACCGAUCAGACGGCAGAACAUCUUGCUGCCCGCCUGGUCGACGAGACUCUGCUACCUAUGUUUCACAAACUAAACCCCCCACCAUCCGGCACGGGCCAGGGCGGUUACAAUAUCGGGCUUAUCAACAUUUGCGUUACUGGCAUGGUCGCCAGCGGUGCUGACUCCAAGACAAGCAGCGGCCGGGAUAUCGCCGGCAUGUUCCGCAGGCAGCAUGAAGUGCUCCGUGAAUUCACUGCGUACGAUCAAGAUAAAGUUAAUGACGGCGGAGUAAUGACAAGGUCCAGUUCCUCUCCUGUCGAUCCAAAUACAACUCAAAACGAGAUUGCGGAUGAUGUCGCCGACGAGGACAGUCUGGAAACAGACUGGGACGGUGGUUCACACGCCUGUGAGUUUUGCGGUCAUGUCAUCCCGGCCUUUGCGAUGCUGGCUCAUCAACGUUUCCACCAGCUCGAUGGUGAUGGCUGA